AUGGUCGUAUCACGCCUCGACUUUGCAGUUCCUGUACUUCUUCUUCAACUCCGAGUCUCCAUUGCGUUGGCAGGCGACGAGGUCUACAUGCAAUCGGAUUGUCCGUUGUUAGAGGAAUGGUGUGCUCAAUUAGCUCCCGAGUAUCGUCGACUUGGUGUUGCAGCUAAGUUGAUGAACUACUUCGAAGACAUUUCAGAGAAAAAGCAUUGUUUCUUUGUUGAUCUACUUGUUCGAGUAUCAAACAAUAUUGCUGUGACCAUGUACGAGAAACUGGGAUACAUUGUGUAUAGGAGAGUCCCGGAGUACUAUCCUGGGACAAAGAGUGAAGAUGCUUAUGACAUGAGAAAGGCGUUGAGUCGGGACUUAGACAAAAAGUCUGUUAUUCCUUUGAAAGAGCCAAUAUCUCCUGACGAAUUGGAGUGGUAAACGGUGGUUCUGACAAGACCCUAUGCUAUCAACUUGACGUUUCGCGCCGCGACUGUGUAAUGGAUGGUCACUGUGUUCGUUUAUAGAUAGUUGCUUAUGUGCUGUUUGAAUGUUUUGUUUUAAUGGAUUAACAUAUAUAGCUUCAAAAGAA